UCGCCAGCGUUCAUUUCUUUACACGAUACGAUUCAAAUUGUAACGUAUAACUCUAAAACUGUUCUAAAAUUAAUAAACGAUUAUUAUAAUAAAGUGAUCAAUUACUAUUGGAUCUAAAAGUUUAAGGGUAAAAGAAAAAACGAUAGAAUUUCAAGAAUUAAUGUAUAAUUAAAAGUUAAGGGAAGCAGUUAUACAAUAUACAAAAGUUUAAGGGAAUUUAGAAAGAUAUUAGAUGUAAAACAAAAUAUAAACAGUUUGAGGUUAGAUAAAGAUAGCAGCGAGCGAACAAGCAAACAAGAAAUGUCCCAAAGCGAAGGAAGUGACACUGAUUGUGAGUGGUUAAUAGUAAACGAAGAUGUAAAAAGCAAAAAAGAAAGAAAAAGACCAACUGAACAGAAAAUAAGUGAGCAAGAAAGAGUAAAUUUAAGCAAUGAUGAUAUUCUCCCAAUUAGAAUAGAUUUCAGUGAGGAAGAAACAGAAAAGGAAAAUAACACUUUCAAAAUAAGUCAUGAUACACAAGAAUUACUAAUGGAAAAGAGUAAAGAAUAUGAGGAGGAGAGUCCGCUAAUGUCGACAUUUUUGAAAAAGCUAGAAAAAUUAACUACAGAUUUGACGAAAAUAAUUUUAGACGAAUUAAGAGUGUGGAGAGCAGUAAUAAUAAAAGAUGGUGCUCAGAACCUAGGAGAUAAAAAACAAAAUAUGGAGCAAGAAGAAUUGAAAAAAAUAUCGGAAGAAAUUACGGAAAAAUUUAUUAAAAAGAAAAAACAGUCAGAAAAAGAAACAAGAAAAAAUAAUCAAGCACAAGAAAAAGAAUUACAAGAUAUGGAACAAGAACGGAAAGAAAAGGAGAGCAAAAUAAAGGAUAAAAAAGUUAGAUUUAAAGAAAGGGUAGAAGAGAUAGGGACGAAAGAUGAUUCGGAAAUAGAUUAAAAAACAGUAACAGAAAUAUAAGGACUCGAAAUGUAAAAACUGAAGCCAGAAAGACAAUAGACAUAUUUCUUUAAGAAAUAAUAAAAAGUAACUGCUAUAAAAUUGCAAGUGCAAAACAAAAAGUGACGAAGAAAAAAGAAAGAUUAAGGAGUAAAUAAGUUUCGAUCUUGAUUUGACCGAGGAAAAGAAUUCAGUACAAAAAAAAAUGAAGGGAAAAGCGAAAAGGGCUAUCCAAAAGAUUAUUGGAGGAAAGCAUAACAAAUGACUGAUUAGAAAAAUUGGAAGAGUAUAGAAAUAAGGAACUAAAUGUAAAUAAAAUAACAUAAGAAAUAAUGAAAUAAGAAAAAAUAAGGUUGUAUAAAAAAAAUGGAUGAACAAACGAAAAAAUAACGUGCAAUAAUUGAUCAAUAUAGACUUAUCAUUUCUGAUAAAUAUAAACAAAGUCUUAUAGUUGAAAAAAAAGAUAUGUUGUAAUUAUAAUAUAUAAAAUCACUAUUUAUCUAGACGUAUGCUUAUAUAUUACGAUAAGCAUUAUAUAUUAUAUCUGAUUCAUUCAUGUAUUUUUUUCAUAAAGAAAUACAUUCUAAUAAGUUAGCUGUGUCGAUUGUUUUAAAAUAUGUGUACAUAAAUUAUGUUGCCAAAAUGAAGCAAUGAUCAGUAUACUGAGGAGCAUCGAACACAGAGUAUAUGUAGCUCUUUUAAUAUUGAAUUCAGUUGUAAUCAAUUGACUUAUUUUGUUAUAAAAUUAAUAAUUUUAUUACCAAAAUUUAUUUAUUUAAUUAUUUUUAAUCAAAUGCCAAAAUAAAGCAAUUACCAAUAUACUGACAAGUAUCAAACACAGAUUAUUUGUAGCCACUGUAAUAUUAAAUUAAAUUGUAAUCAAAUGACAGUUGUAUUUUUUUUAUGUAAUUAAUAAUUUUAUUACUAACAUUUA